AUGAUUAUGAAAAUACGACUUCAAAACUGCCUUUGGGUCAUUUUGUGGCUUUUGUUUGUGCUGCAAGAUGCAGCUGCAGGCACAAGACCAACUGCUGAAAAAACUGUCUCAUCUGUCUCUGAUGCAAACCUGAUGUUUGAGAUCUUGCUGGGCGGAGUAGAGAUCGACCGGGACAACAACAUUGUCCUGCUCGACGCAGAGCUGGCAUCGAUGAGGCAUGGGCGGGCUUUUCUUUCUCAGAUCAAUGACGACAUUCCCAGAAGUGUGAGCUCCAUGCUGCACAUGGUGACCACACUAGAGGGUGAAAGGAGGGGACGUCCGCUGGCUCAGGAUCAGUUUGACAGUCUGGUCCUGAGCAUGGUGUACUCUGCCCAGCAAGCCUGGCAUCAGGAGAGAAACGAGGAACAAAAGGACUGGAGUGAAGUGUUCCUCCAGCUGGCAAACAUCACAGUCUAUGAACUACGUGGAAGCCAUCUCUUCAGUUAUGCAUGA